AUGGGCGUCGAAAUUCUGCCUGGCCUUACCGAUGAAGAGGUUGAGAAAGCCGAGGCGAAGUUUGGUUUCACCUUCCCACCCGAACUCCGGGAGUUUCUGCAAGUCGGUCUGCCAACGAAAUGGCACAACUGGCGAGAGUUGAUCAAAGACUCAGUGAUGGUCGGAUUCGAGGCGGACACAGUCUCGCAGCAGCUGUUGUGGAAUGCCACGCCUGAAGAGGAAGAGGACGUUCCAGACGAAAUUUGGGAGUUGGUCGGCUCCCGCGACCUGGAGGAGGUGAAGAAGCAAGCGUCCCUGCAUCGUUUGGUUCCCAUCGCAGGGCACCGCAUGAUGCCGUCAGUGCCACAUGAGUGUGGGCUUCCAGUGUUGUCGAUGCACCAAUGCUCGGACAACAUCAUCUAUGGAAUGAACUUCUGGCAAUGGCUCGUGGCAGAUGCAAAAGUGAACAAGGACACUAUCCCGGAAGAGCUCUUGAAAGAGCACAAAUUCCCAAACUUCGAAGAAGCACAGAUUGGGCUUCCUUUUUGGGGGCGUUUUCUCGGAUGA